AUGCCCACCACAUGUAGGCCUAAGAGCUCCUCCAUCCACAAACCUAUAAGGAGAUUCACACCCCCAUGGACACCGCCCCACACCCCCACACCCAAACGCUCCACCUCCAUCUGCUACAUGAGUCUCGCUGAUGCCUUCCUGACGCGGCUACAGCAGGAGGCAGAGAGCAGGAGUAAGAGAAGGAUGGAGAAGGAGGGGGUGGUGGUGGAGGUGGUGGCAGUGCAGGGAUGUCGGCAGGGGUUCGUGCAGGGGUACCUCGCCAGGGUUUACGAACAGGGGCAGGGUACGUUCAGUAAAGCCAAGACCUUCGCUAAACAGACCAUUUAUGAGUGCGAGAGGAGUAAUCAAUGCAAAGGCAGUUCCAGUGGUGACCCUACAAAGACUCGUGCCAAUGGGUGUUCAGCGUACAUCUCCUUCUUGUUCGAGGAGGGUGCCACGGUCACCGCCUGUGUGGUGCGCCGCCGCCUCACACACACCGGCCAUGACCCCAAUAACAGGGAGGAGUCAAGAAUCAGCCGCAUUGACCUUAAACUACGCUUCCUGAUCGAGACAUGGCUGCAGGCGGGACUCAAGGUCAGCGAGGUCAUGUCAGAGGUUGCGAAAUGGAACAAGACACAAGGGUACACUGACCACCACAACCGCCGCUAUUUUCCGACCCGACAGGAUAUCCAGCAGAUAGCAUUGACCUCCCGCAGACUCCCCAAGGUCAUGUCAGGUCACCCGCGCCAGAAACCAAGGAAAUAUGACACUCUGGGGAAAGAUAAUGCUGUACAGGUUCUCAAGGGUGAAUUUCGUGAGUGGUGUGUGUUCCAGCAGUCACGCACCACGGCCGGUCCAUCUCCCAGGCCUCUAGUGGUGGUGGUGCAGAAUUCGGGCAUGCGUGGGGCGAUGGACAGGCUCGGUGGGGAGUUCAUGUGUCUGCGGAGUAAUUUUGAAGGGCUGCGUCAGUAUGGCAGUGCGGUGUAUGUGGUAGCGGUGAGUGAUGGUGGCAGUGGUGCUGGUGGUGCUCUCCCGGCUGCUUACAUAGUGACAAGUGAUGAUGAGCCCACCACCUUCCUCCUGGCUUUCCGAGAGCUACUCACCCACUGCCCUGCUGCCCCAAGAGUGGUGAUGGUGGACCAGGAGAUACAAGGGUUCGCUGAGGUGUUGGCAACGCUGCUGCCUGAACUCUUCCUCCUCCCUUGGGUGCAGGUGGCCCAGGAGGUCCACCGGUGGCUGCAGGCGUCCCCAGCAGCAGGGAAGGAGAACGCUGGAGUGAGGAGGAUGCUUCUUCAGUGCCUUCAGGAGCUGAGGGCCUGUGACACGAAGGAGGCGUUCGUGGCGUCGGUGGGGCAGCUGGAGGGGCGGCCGGGGCUGGAGGGGUUCCUGGCCAUGCUGUGGGCGGACUGGCUGACUCACCCGACCCGCUGGAGUGACUUUGGCAGGGCAGAGCUGUGUGGUGGUCCGGCCCAGGCUGCUGUGUGGGAAAGGCUGUUCCUGAGGCUGCACCACCAGUUCCUGAAGGGCGUGCACACCAGGAGGACACUGCCAGACCUGCUCAAGCUCCUCACCGACACCAUCACACACAGGAAGAAUGCGGUGGAGGGCUUGCUGGAUAUGUCGGCGUUGGUGGAGGGGUCGGCGGUGGAGCGUGCCACAGCACUGGUCAAGCAGGGGUGGCAGCAGCUGGUCACCUGGCAGGGAUUGUGGGUGGCACACGUGCCCUGCCACACUCUGCUGGAGACGUCCUACCGUGUCAACCUGAUCACCCUAGAGUGUGAGUGUCCCCUGCUUACUUUGGGGGGGCCCUGUGUGCACCUCUGCCUGGUGCUGUCCCUGGCAGGGGUAAGGCAGGGCGCCUCGCCACAGCAGGAGCGGCAGCGGCUGGCCCGGGCGGCGUUGGAGCAGGGGGACUACCUACUGGAGGCAGACUGCUGCGUCACCUUCCACAGCGGCACUGUGUGUGUCACUGAGUUGGAGUCUGGCACCUGCACAUGUGUGGCGGCCGCCCUGGACACUGUUUGUGUGGGUGCCCUGCUGGUGGGGCUGGCCAAGGAAGCGGGGCACACCCUCGCCUUGCCUCCCAUCAUGCCGCUGGGAAUCAAGACUGAGGAGGACCUGGCCGCCCCUCAGCUGCCCGUGGUCAUCCAGACACAUACCGGCCUGCCACGCUGCCUUGCAGACACUCACGGAGACCUGCGAGAGGACCAGGGCCAGGACCACUCCCUCUCCUCCAAGGCACUGCUGGAGAAGCUGUACCUCUGGUCCACCACCAAGGAGUUCACAGACUCGGAGGUCCUGCACCGCCUACUGCAGGCUGCCCAUGACACUGUGUGGCCUGCCCCGCUGCCGCCUUCACCUCCUGCCGCACCGCAGCCUAGACAGGCGGUGUCCUGUGGCAGUGACAGGCUGAGGGCUGUGGUGCGCACUGUGCGGAGGAAGAGGAGGAGGUGGGAGAGGCUGGGACUGCCGCCGCCCAGAUGACUCGCUGCAGCAGCACAGUGACCGUCAGCAGUGAGUCACGGCAGUGCGCUGAGUGUCUGCUGACUCAUGUACAGACAAAACUCACUGCCAACACACACAACACAUGAACCUCAUUUCCUAUUCAUAAAGCACAGUUACAGUCAGCACCGCCUGACAUGACUGGUGGGUGGCACGUCUGUUGUGUUGCUGCUGUGCCCACCACACACACACACACACACACACACACAUCACAAGUAUCAUGACAACACUUCACUUCUCACCCAAGGCUGUCAUGAAAACUCCUUUGAAUUACAUGUACAGGGAUUUCUCAAAUUAUGUGAGGGAUGCAUUCCUGAAGGGAUUGUGUGAUGUAAAAAUUUUACAGUGAAAAUUAUUACCAAACUAAACUGUACAGCAGAGGUGGGCAGGUAGAGCUUCCAGAAUUGGUUCUGACAGUUCCGCCAGGAACUGUUAUGAACCAGUUCCACCUUAUGUUCAGCAUGAAUACAUACGCUGUAGAUACACACUAGUCAGUCAACAGUAUGCAGUGCUCCUUAGAAUGUGUAUGUUAUCAUUAAUAUUAUUUAGGAAUUUUUGUAAACUCUGGUAUCUAAAAUUAACAAAGUAGAGUGCAAUACAAUCAUAUGGAACAUCCAGUAUUCAAAGAAAUUGCAUGAAUAAUAUAAAAACAUUGUGUUCAUGCCGGCCAGUGGGCAAUAGUAGGCACUGAUUUAGUGUUGGUAUAUCAUAGACAUUUCUUUGUACUCUGGGAGAUUUAUACUGGAGCUCAGCAUGACUAACUGAUUAGGGUACUCAUGACCAUUGUUCUCAUGAUUUAAUAAAAACCUAAUCUGCCUACAACACACACACACACAAUUACUUAUUUGCAUUUAUUGUACUAUAACUCAACUCUCUCAAAUCAGAACAUACAUUUUUUCUAGAACUGAGUUAAAGCCAGACAUAUCAAGAUUAUACCUAAAUUUGUGGUGUUAGAAAAGAUUAAUCACAUUCAAAUUUAGUAAAACAAUAGCACUGAAACAAAACAGAACAGCUCCAGUGUGGAAUGACAAUGAACAAACACUGUGUAUCAUUAAAGGAACUCUGUGUGAGAUAAGAAUAAUUUGCUAAACUGUGCCUCCAUUCAUUCAGUAUCCACCACAGAUCAGAAGUCUCUCAGCACCACAAGUUAGUACUCUACAUUCUAUAACCAUCCCAGUCAGUGUUCUAGAUGAGUCCUGAAACACUACAGCAACACCCUUCCCUGGUCACCAAUUUUUACAUCAUGCAAUAUCUCUUCAGUAACGUAUCCCUCGCAUAAUUCAAGAAAUCCCUGUACUUGGAGAAACGUGUACCUUCUCAAGUGCCUCUGCCUUCAGCCUUGAGGUGUGAGUAUGUCAACAAAUGUUGCUAUCAAAGAGACUCGUGAUGUCCUGCAAGUCUGGAACAAACGUCUUGAAGUUAAGGAAAUAAAUCACAGAUACAUGCAUAACUGACAGCUGUGGGGUGGACGAGGGCAGAGACACUCCAAACAACCCACAACCCACACAAGACUGACCGGUGUUAUGAACUAAGAGACGAGAUCUCCAGUGUUGCCAGAUACCAGUGAUGCUUCAAGACACAGCAGCAAAAUGACGGCCACUCACUCAUGUCCAGCGGCGGUGACUGUGGCUGUGGUGGGGCACUGAGGGGACCACCACACAGCCCCCACAACUCUGAAAUGUCAUUGUGGUCUCAUUAAAGUAUUUUUGUAAUGAUUGUCUGUGUUUUGUAUCCAUGGCAUGCAAGGUGUGUGAGAGGGAGUGAGUGAGUGAGUGAAUGAAUGAAUGAAUUAGUGUGUGUGUGUGUGUGUUUUAAGUAAGUUGUCUGAAUAUUUAGCAAGUUAUCCUCCAAAACAUUUAAAUUAUAACAACAUUUCACACACACACACAUGUCUCGACACAACACUCAAUACAGUGAAACACUGGGUCAAUAUUUCCGGAAACACUUUAGAACAUUACAAAAUUUGAGAUAAAACUGAAGAGAGAAUGCUUAACUUAACAAAUAUAAAAUAGUCAUUAGGAAAUAUUUAUUCAUAUCAACAAUAACAAACACACACAACUUACUCAUAAAAUCUUGAACACUUGCAAAAAUAAUCCUACUAUUGUUGUUGCUGCAAAUCAUAAAACUUGUGCCCAAAAGAUACUCGUAAGAUUAAAAGUACUUCUUAAAAGCUUCCCUUCUAAAAAAUACGGAGAGAAACACAAGUGAGAGCUUAAGUGUAAUGCCUAUGUAAACUGGAAUGAAGUAUGGAAGACUCAGUUAGA